AGAAGGUACAGAAGUUUCAUCAUGGCUUCCAUGUGCAGAUCUGUCGGUAACCUCUGCCGACAAAGAUAUAGUUUGCAGGUGUUGCUGUAUCAUAGUGGUCGUCCAACAGCGGCAAGAUGCCCUCCCUAUUUGGCCUGUUUCCAGCAGAACAGCCCGUUGGAUGUCAGGUUAUCUCAGAGUCGAGCUAUGUCAGGUGGAAGGAGGAGCUUCAUUGCUCAGUUCGUAGACAACAUCAAACAGGAGAUUGCUAAAAAUAAAGAAAUGAAGGAAAACCUCAAGAAGUUCAAGGAAGAGACGGAAAAGUUAGAACAGUCUGAUGCCAUUCGGAAAGCUAGACAGAAGUUUGAAAAUAUUGAGGCAGAGACAACAAAGAGCAGUCAGGUUUUGAAGAAGACGUUUGGGGACAUCAAGGGGAAGAUGUCUGAUACUCUGGAUGAGGUGCAGAAGACGGAGUUUGUGAAGAAGGUGAAGGAGUCGUCGGGAGAGCUGGGAAAGUCAGCCACAAAAGCAGCAGAGUCUAUAUCAAAGUCUGGGCAGCAGAUCGGGAAGAGUGCAACUUUCAAAUCUAUCUCAGAGGGGGUUAAAGCUGUAAAAGAAGAGUUUGAUGAGGCGACCCUGUCUCGGGCCAAACAUUACAAGGCUCCAGACAAACUUCGGAAGCGGACAGAAGGAAUGCCAGGAGUUCCAAAGGAAGAAAAGACAGUAGAAGCUAAUGAAGAAGCCACCGGAAUGGUCUUACAUAAAGAUUCCAAGUGGUUUCAGAGUUGGCAGAACUUUAAAGAUAACAAUCCUUAUGUACAUAAAAUGUUUGAUCUUAAAGUUAAGUAUGAUGAAAGUGACAAUGCUAUGGUGCGUGCAACUCGAGCUCUCACAGAUAAAGUAGGAUACUUGUUUGGUGGGGUGUUUUCUAAGACGGAGAUGUCCGAAGUCCUCACAGAAGUUUGUAAGAUUGAUCCCUCCUUUGAUAAAGAGAUGUUUGUGCGACUAUGUGAAAAAGAAAUUAUUCCAAAUGUAUUAGAGGCCAUGAUACGAGGUGACCUUGAAGUCCUGAAAGACUGGUGCCAUGAAGGGCCAUUCAACACACUAUCUCAUCCCAUCAAGCAAGCACAGCAGGCAGGGUACAAGUUUGCGUCAAGAGUCCUUGAUGUCAACAAUGUAGACGUUGUAGCUGGUAAGAUCAUGGACCAGGGUCCAGUCUUGGUGAUCAGCUUCAACGCCCAGCAGAUCAUGGUGGUCAAAGACAAGAUGGACAAAGUAGUGGAGGGAAACCCAGACAAGAUCAUGCGGAUACUGUACGUCUGGGCGUUGUGUCGCGACCAGGAAGAGAUCAAUCCCCGCGCUGCCUGGAAACUCAUGGACCUCUCCGCCAGCACGUCUGAACAGUGGUUGUGAGGAAAACAGCAUCACCGAUCCGCAGAUGGAUGCCAUUUGAAACAGAUGUUGACAAUGUGUCUCAGUAGUGUGCCAUGAAGACAAGUGUCAGCACCAUGCAAGGAAAUAGUAGGCCUGAUGCAGAUUAAAUUAUGUGAAUUAUGCUUGUGAGAAGUGUGUGACUUCAUUGUGUCAUGGACACCCGUAGAGAGAUGGACAUUCAAAGUGCUACAACAUUGAAGACGUUAAGUCAGCAGUCCUGCUAAAAGCUACACAAGUAUUUCUGUUUUCAGAUUGUGUGAUUCAAGCAUGGUACACCUGUGCUUAUGGUGGCAGUGCAAAAAAGGAAGUUACCCUUAACAUGGUUUAUGAUGGCGUGUGUUGUUUACAGAGGCAUUACUGACACAACUGGAGCUAAUCUUGGGGGACAUACAGACACUCGAAUAACGCUCCAUGGACACGUACUUUACCAGAACGGCAGGAUGACUGCUCUGAGUGAUGGUUCGGGAUAUAUAGGACAGAGGCAGAAGUUGCACUAUAAUGGAUAACAUGGCAGACAGAAAUGAUUAUACACCAAACACAUGCAUGUGUGUUUAUCAUGGUCCUCGACAGUUGGGUUAAUACAUGUAUGCAGAAAAAUAAGAGGAAUAGUCCUCCACCCCUCUCCCAAUGCAGCAUUCGAUUGGCGUAUCUCCCAUACUUUAACAUAGACUUGUGACAGUCCUUGUUCUAAAACUUCUUUAUGAAACGGGGCGUGAAGUGUCAUUAGAAUGUUUCACAAGGAUGUGAAGUAACAUGAGGGAUUAUCAUGCAGACUCCCGGAAGCAAUGCACCCAGUACCCAACAAAGGGGGAACCAGACGUAGACUAAAGUAUAGAAGGAAGUGAUGUACCCAGGUGCCAUGUGACUCGAUAACUAACAUUAAUUCAUGAAUUGUCUUCCAGGAAAGAAGACUGAAAAACUGCCUCAAAAAUCAAACAAAGAAUAAAUAAGAGUGACUGGAAAGUGGACAGUACAAAAAUUUAAAUAUGACAGAUGAAGGUGUGUUCAGAAACAAAUUGUAGGUACCGAUAGUUGUCUCUCUCUUGUCGGAGAGUAGAAAUUAUAUGUUUCUACCCCAAUGGUUUCAAGGUUUAAAUGUAAUUGUGAGAUAGUGUGAAAUGUUGAUGACAAUGAGUUGAUGGUAAAAUACAAAACAAUAUUGUGUCACCUUUCAUCAGUGUUGAACUUUUUUCUCUUCUUACCUUGAGGCAGGGAGAUAUUGCCAUGGGGGAAACGUGUUGUUCCAGAUCUUGUGUAUUGGGACAAGUAAAUUUUAGUUUUGUUCUUCUCAAAUUCUGAUAAGGACAUUAUAUUUAUUUAGUGGGUUUAUGAACUGAAAUUAGAAAAAAAGUUUUUUUACCAUUUUAUUGUUUUGCUGACAAGUCUUUGAUGGGCAUUUCGAAGUUGGAAGAACAUUUCAUGGAUAGCAUUUCUUUUAUUCUGUUUUACAAUUAGGUGAAAUGAAGAAACCUAGAGAUUUUAUCACGGCUGUUCAUAACAAAUGGUAAUUAAUACAUAUAAAAAUCUUUUUCUAAUGAAAAAAAGCAUCAAAUAUCUUUCUGUAUUUUGCUAAGUUAAAACAUGUUUUUUUUCAUUCAUUUGUAACAGUACCAAUCUGAACAACAAUUCGACCAACUACCUUCAAUUUUAGGCCCAAAACUUUGUAAACCAACUAACAGAAAAUAAAAAGGAUUUUUUUUUGGGGGGGGGGGACAAAUGAUUUGGUGCAAUCAUUUUCAUAAAUAUUAUUCAAAGACUUAUGAGUGUUAGCAUGGUUACGAAGUUAAUCAGCCUUGUCAACAAAGAGUGCUGAAACAUAUAAUACAGGUGUAUGUUGUGCAACUGAUUGUACAUAGACAAUGUAAUAAAAUAUUUUACAUACA